CUUUUCAUUUACUGGGUUCUAGGUUGGAGACCAUGCAGAGGAGCCUUGAAUGGGCAAGGGGAAGGCUGAUAAAUGUUCAAGCAACAGAUUGCUUACUUGGAGACAUAGCUGAAUAUAUCCAUGAAGUAAGGAGCUGUAGAUGGCAUGAACAACAAGCCAGUUCAUCUUACCAGGCUCCACUGGCUUGGAGUGGUGCUAGAGGUCCGCCUCACUUCUCCAUCUCUCUAGACUAGAGCAACUGACAUUCCUAAAGUCAUGUGGAUUUACAAUGUCACGGAUUGCAGAUAUUCUGCAUGUUUCUGUACCUACAGUCAAACGACGUUUCAGAAGGUUCAAUUUGACCCGCUCUGCAUCAUACUCUGACAUGUCAGACUCUGCCCUGGAUGAAAUGGUCAAAGAAAUUGUAGUUGGGAAUGACCUACUUGGCCCAGAGGCUGUCAGGGCACAACUGCGGUCACAGGGAAUUUGGGUACAGAGAUGCAGAGUGCGAGAGUGUAUGCGGCGGAUUGAUCCAAGGGCCGCCGCUCUCAGAACGAUGUCACAAAGAUUGCACCGAAGGGCAUACCGCGUGGCUGGACCAAAUUCCUUGUGGCAUCUUGAUGGGAACCACAAACUGAUAAGGUGGAGGAUUGUUAUUCAUGGAGGAAUAGAUGGCUACAGUCGGCUCAUCGUCUUCCUCCGCGCUUCAAAUAACAACCGCAGCAGCACAGUGAUGGACUGUUUCAUGCAUGGUGUGACCAGGUUUGGCAUGCCGUCUCGUGUAAGGACAGAUUAUGGUGGAGAGAAUACAUCGGUGUGGCUAAUGAUGAACAUUCUCAGAGGCUCUGAGCGAGGCAGUGCUCUCCGAGGAAGGAGCACUCAUAAUCAACGAAUUGAGAGGCUAUGGGGUGAUGUCUGGCGAGGGUUGACAAAUGUAUACUAUGACCUCUUCAAUUUCCUGGAGAGUGAUGGUGUUGUGGACAUUGACAAUGAGAUGCACCUGUGGGCUCUUCAUUAUGUCUACCUGCCGCGACUCAAUAGGGACAUCGUAGCCUUUGUACAGCAAUGGAACAACCAUGGGUUGCGGACAGAAAGGCAUCAGAGCCCCUUGCAGCUGUUUGUAAGAGGUUGCGUGGAACAGCAGGGACGGCCAAGCACUGCAAUGCAGGACAUCUUUGGUGCCAGAACUGCACCAGAGGGAGGUGUUCAUGCUGCAGGAGCAAUAGGAGGUGAUAAUGAUCCAGAUGGUGCUGGGGCUGUAGAAGCCUCUGCUUCAGAAAGGCUGGUAGUCUGGUCUGACAGAGUGACUGUACCUCCCAACCAGUACAUGUUUGAGAGCUCAAUCAUAGAAGAGCUUGAAGCACGAUUUGAUCCACUUAGUGGCCCCAGAGAUCGCCUCGGAUUGGACAUCCUGCAUGGGGUUUUGUCUUUCCUAGGGUCCCUACCUCAGCAGUGA